AUGGCUCAAGUACUAAGUCUUCAUAGUCCUGCCGGGGCAGAAGCGAUGGUUUAUGACUGGCCUUUACAGCAUGCACACGGACGAGAUGACAUGCAAGAAAUUAUUGAUACAAUUCGUUGGGUUGGGAAGGAUUUCCCGGAGCUACAAAUCGCUAUAGAAAACCAUGUUUUGGAUAAUUAUGACCGUCAUUGUUUUGAUAGUAUGUCGAAAUUGUGUGAGCGCUACAAUCGAGCCGUGGAUAGCGUUGUAAAGCUUUGGAAAGGGAGAGCCCCGCCGGCGUGUUUAAAUCGGCGUCCUUCGCAAGAAUUGCUCAGACAUGUACUUUCGAAAGUGUACAAUCAUAGUGUAAAAGACCCUGACAAGCUCAAUUUAUACGAGCCAUUUUCACCUGAAGUGUACGGGGAGACGUCCUUUGAUCUCGUAGCACAAAUGGUUAAAGCGGUUUCCUUUCAAUCCGACGAAAUAUUUCUGGAUUUGGGUAGCGGUGUUGGGCAAGUCGUACUACAAGUUGCCGCGUCUACAAACAUCAAGCACUGUUUUGGUAUCGAGAAAGCUGGAACCCCGGCAAAAUACGCUCAAGAAAUGGACAGAUUAUUCAGGAGAUGGAUGAAGUGGCAUGGAAAAACCUUCAGUCCAUACCACCUUGAGAAAGGAGAUUUUUUAUCAGAGGAAAAUUGUUCUAAAAUUGGUGAAGCAUCUAUUAUAUUUGUAAACAAUUUCGCGUUUGGACCUACUGUCGAUCAUAAACUUAAACAAAGAUUUUCAGCAUUGAAAGAUGGUACGAGGAUUAUAUCAUCGAAGCCAUACUGUCCGUUGAACUUUCGAGUCACAAAACGGAACCUGUCAGACAUUGGUGCUAUUUUGAGGAUUACUGAGUUGGCGACGAUGCCUGGAUCGGUCUCUUGGACGGGUAAUCCGGUAUCCUAUUAUGUACAGAUGGUAGAUAGCACCAUGCUCGAGGAGUAUUUUUCCGGCUUGAAAAAGAAGAAGGAUACAGGCAAGGAUGAGACGGCAAGCCUCGAUGAUUCGGUUAGCAUUGACGAAGAAUGGACGGGCAAACUUGAUGAGCUUGAUGACGUCUCACUUGGUGCGACCACACGACACCAAUGGCAUGAUCUGAUUGCACUGAUUGAGCAACAUAAGAUUGAGCCGGAAAAGGACGACAAGACGGAUGCAUCUGAUGUCAGCCUCAUUAAGAAGAAGAAAAAGAAGAAACGAAAGGACAAAAAGAAAAAUGCGGCAGCGAAUGUGAAACGUAAAUAUCGUAAACACAUCAAAAACAAGAAAGGGAAGCUGAAUCUAGACUACGUAGCUGUUUCUGCUCUCGACAAAGCCACCAAGUCUGCACUUGGGAAGCCUUCGAGGAAACGUGCAAUGCCAAAACCACCAGGAAUUGAUGAGUUUGUUGAAACAAUGAAACAACAAUAUAUUGCAUUCUGGCAACACAUGCAUACACCAGAGUAUUCUGAAUCUGUUGUUCAUGAACUUACCGAACAGCGUCGGAGAAAUACGUUACUGACAAACCAAGUUGAGGAUUUGGAUUAUCAGGUGUAUAGUCUGCAACAAGAGGGGAAGAAACUUUUGGAAGACAGGAUGGAAAAGAUGGGGCUCGAUGCUUCUAAACCUGCGGAAACUUUUGUGACUUUGCAUGAGCUUGUUGAAGAACAACUAACGCUUGUUGAAGAGUGUGUGAAUAUGGGUAAGGAGGUUGCAAUGCUCGAGAAUUCUUGUGGUGUUACAAAUGGCGAGGAAGUACAUGACACUUGUAAGAUUGAAAACGAGGUGCUCUUACAUGAGCUAUAUGUGCCAGAUAACUUUCGCAAGGGUUUGCUCAAUGAAGUCACCAUGCAAAAGAAGCGGAAACGAGACUUGUUAGAUCAGAUCAAAGAAAUGGAGUGUAAGACAAGGUCACUUGAGACUGGAAAUGGGUCGCCAAGGAAGAGAACAUUAAUGGAUAAUUGUGGACAAUAUGAGGAUAUGGAGGUUGAUGUGGGGAUGCCACAGGUCUUUACUAGUAUUCCAAAAGAGAGUUUGGGUGAACAAAACAAAGACAGUUCAAAGUUGUCGUUAAUGGAGCCUGCCAUGUUUAACCCAUAUAAUCCAACAUCAUGUGUGCCGGUGGCUGCGCCUGACCCGGUCGGUGAAUACAGUACCAGUAACCUAGCCCCAGAUCAAGUGCUUGCAUACACUUUUCAUAACCUUCCCAGCCAAGGACGGCCGAGUAGUUCCACCCAUGUUGAACAAACACCAAGUAUGCUCCCUUCACUCUUUGUGUCGAGCCCGUCAACUAGGUUAUCUUCGCUGUUUCCAGCCACCCUUGGUGAGCCAAGGCAUUCUGCCAAGAAUUUGCAAAAGAUUCACAAGUUGCUUUGCGAGAAUUCAGACUCGCCUGAGAAAAAUGCAAACUCUUCUGAGCCGAAGACAAAGUCAAAUUUCAGCAUUGCUCAUCUUACAGGAAUUUCUGAUCAGUCCUCGAUUGGUAAACAACUUGUUGACUUGGAUAGCACGUCUGAUGUUGAAAGCAAGAAGACGCCAGAAGGGCCACAGAGAUCAUCGCCUCAAUCCUCUGGUCACAAAGUGAAAUCCCAAGCUGCAAGCAGUCCCAGUGCAUGUCGUAUCAAAGGAGAGAGCCCUUCAAGUUGUACUCAAGUUGGCUUACCAAAACCACUGCUGUUAAACGGUGUGAAAGAUUUACCAAGUCAUAUUAAGAAAGCUAUCAAUCCCCCCGGGGGUGGGUCCACGGACUGUGUGGUCAACUUGGGACAUGUUCCUAGAACAUCCACUUCUCGUUUUGUAGACAUGACUAGUGCUCAUGAUUCAACCAAUCACAGCAAAGCUGUUUACUCUAGUCCAUGUUUGAAAUCAAACAUUCAACAAACUUUAUCAACAACAAAUAGUUGUGUCCGAGAACCUGUUAUCACCAUAUCCUAUCCACCUAACAAAGAGCAAACUCAUGUAUCAAGUUUGUUGAACUCAAAUCCCCACACUAACCCCAUGGGGAUUACCAAGACAGUAAGUGCAGAUUGCCUCGGCAAGGAGCAAAGAGGACAACCUGGUGAUUCGACUCAGCGGUUUAUCCAUCCUGCCCGACCAAACACGAUAGUCUACAGUAAAAGUGAACCACCCAUCAGAAACAUAGUUUUAAAGAAUGACUCAGUGCCUUAUUUCAAUAACAAUGAUGCAGUGCCCAGAUUUUCCAGCAAGGUGCUGAGACCGAGCGAAAGUGCAAAAAUCUUGAACAGUAUGUAUAUGAUGUCACAGUAUCAUGGUGAUGGACGACAUUCUAGUUGA